UUUAACCAGUCUCUCUAUCGAGGGUUUAACGAGUGUUAAGGCCAUAAAUCCCCGUCUAACACCCGGCUGGAGGCCAGACUUAAAGUACCUGGUGAGAUAAGUGUCAUUUAAUGCAGUUUUAAUCUAAUUAGCUGUAAUAUAAACAUUAAGUACGCAGGAUGGCAACUGUACUAACUUGGCUGGCUGGGGGGGGGAAGUACUGUACUGUACCGCUUGCUCAGCUCAGGCUAUUUUUGAAAAAAGACCGGCCCCCUUGUCUAUAGACUGGAGGGGGGGUGUUGGUCAUGGUGGCGGGGCCGAGCCAGGCACUCACACGCAGCUGCUCGCAUAACCAUGUCAGAAGAUGACGGAUACAAUUGUCGCGGAGGGACAAGUCAAGUUUAGAGAUGGAAAAAAGUGGAAGACUCGGUGGGUCGUCAUUCGGAAGCCGUCUCCAGUCGCAGAUUGUCUGUCUGUGCUGGCCUAUAAAGAGAGAAAAGCCAAGGAGCGAGCAGGCCACAAGGAUCGUCUCGGUGUGACGUUGGAGGGCAUCUUUGGUGUGGAACCUGGGCCUGGCUAUGAUGGAGUCAGCUACACUCUCUCCAUACUCUGCCAAGCACACACUCUGGUGCUGGGCUUCCACAGUCGAGAAGCUCUCCAUGCCUGGGACGCCCGCGUACGCUACAGCCUGGGAGAAGUCCACAGAUUCAGUGUCAAUGUGGAACCAGGUACUAAAGUGGAGAGGGGCCCCGCUUCUCUCCACCUGUGCAACAACCUACUGGCCCUCACCAGAGGUCUGCCUCCUGUCAUCAUUGGGCACUGGAAGUUGUCUACAUUGCGUAGAUAUGGUGCUGUGCCGAAUGGCUUCGUGUUCGAGGGCGGGACUCGUUGCGGAUACUGGGCUGGAGUUUUCUUCUUGUCCUGCUCAGACGGGGAGCAGAUCAGUUAUCUGUUUGACUGUGUCGUCGGUGGCAUCACCCCUAGCAAGGUCCCACAUGGGCUGCGGCCUUCCCUGCCAGAGACUCUCAGCACUGAGCCAGCAUCAACAGAAGAUCGGAUCAAGCAGGAGACUUCAGAGCUGGAGAAAAGACUCAGCAUGCUGUCGACUUGCAGCCUAGCAAGCAGCACAGCUUCCACCUACAGCUGCAGCACAUCUGUCGCCGGGGACGACCGCAGCAGCAUCUCCAGCUCCUCUUCAGGCCAAUCGGACACAAGCUACGGAAGCAGGCUUCCUUUGUGGGUGGAGCCGUUUGUGAAGUUGCACCACUCCAGUGAGACGGCGUCAAGCUCUUCCACGCUGAGGCCCUUGACCAGCUCAGAUGACCGUCUCUUUGCUGCUGUAAUGGGAUGCCGAGCUGCGUCCUCCACCCAGCCCCAUCCUCGGGGUCUCCUGGACAGCGGGCGUCAGAGCUCGUUAGACAGCGGCAUUGGAAUAGCGACCGGGAGCUCAGGGAGCUUCUCUUCCUAUACAGGAAGUCUGGACAUGGCCCCUCAGGUUGCGGGAGAGGAGUUUGGCUCCAUGACCAGUCUGCCUGCUCCUACUCCCCCAAAUCCUCCUCCCUCACCUUGCCAGGCCACACCUUUCCUGCAGCAUGCCAUUCGCCCAUUUUGUGCCACGAGGUGCAGCUUUCAAGCCUCCCAAAGUGAUGAGUGCCAGAAUUCGAGCCCGCGCUACGAUGUUCCCAGGAGUCUCCUCCAGACCUGGACCAUGAGGAACACGUCAGCUGUUAAGGGUGCUGAUGGGCGCAGAAGUCAGGACCAAGGAGUGACUGGAAGCUCAACAGCAUCGAAACUUGGGCGGCAGACUUCAAUGCAGCGCUCGCUCUCCUGGGGCAGUGAGAGUGUGCCCCCUGGAGGCAGUGGGGAGACGUCUACCCCUCAGCCGAUGUUUGUGCUGGGAGAAACACAGUGCUUUCAUGGUUUCGAUAACUACAUCACACCUGAGCAGUGGCGCUCUGCAAAGAGUUUAAUGAUGCAGGUUGGCAACUCUUCUUCAAGUCCAUGGCCCUCUGCAGAUCCACCAGACUCCAUACUACGACGUGUGAGAGAAGAACACCAUGGUAGUCAGGAUGUAGAUCGGUCCUCUGUUCCAGCCUCCCCUGUCACACUGAGCAUGGCCAGGCCAAAGUCGACAUGCGGCACGUUCCAGUCUAUAAGUGAAGUUCCAGCAGCUGCCUCGCAGGACACUAAGCACCCUCUCAAUUAUGUCAACAUCCCAACUGCUAAAGCGAACAUGGAUCUGACAGAGCCAGACCUGCAGGAGCCUACUUUAUCUCCAGUUUCCAGUCCCAGCUGUCCUGUCACAGAAGAAAGGAUCCAUCAGGUUCACCCUCAUCAGCAACGUUGCCAUGGAAACGUCUCCAAGAGUGGCGGCGGAGCACACUCGGGGCUGCCAGUUGACUCAGACGGACAGCAGGCGGCGAGGGCCACCACGCUGACUUGGAUGACACGUCACUUCUCGCAACUCCCUCGUAUUCCAAAGUCCUCGUAGAACAAGCCAUUCCAAGUACAACAUGAAGAAUAUCACGUGUGGGAUUUGUGUUGUGUGGAUGCUUAGAUCGGAAUUUAUAAGUUUGCAAUCCAAGUAUUUAUCAUGGGUAACACUUUAGUAUGGGGAACAUAUUUCACCAUUAAUUAGUUGCUUAUUAACAUGCAAAUUAGUAACAUAUUGGCUCUUAAUUAGUCAUUAUUAAGUACUUAUUAAUGCCUUAUUCUGCAUGGCCUUAUUAUACAACCAGUAAGCCAUUAACUAAGAGUCUUCCCUCAAUAACCUCAGAAUUAUUGCUUAUUAGUAACCCUAACCCAGUGUUUUUCAACCACUGUGCCGCGGCACACUGGUGUACCGUGAGAUACUGUCUGGUGUGCCGUGAGAGAUAAUGUCAUUUCACCUAAUUGGGUUAAAAAUAUUUUUUGCACACCAGUGAUUAUAAUCCGCAAAUAAUGUGUUGUUGUUAAGUGUCAGUGCUGUCUAGAGCUCGGCAGAGUAACCGUGUAAUACUCUUCCAUAUCAGUAGGUGGCAGCAGGUAGCUAAUUGCUUUGUAGAUGUCGGUAACAUUGUUUGUCGUGAUCACAAUAUGCAGACGACAGCGGGAGGCAGUGUGCAGGUAAAAAGGUAUCUAAUGCUUAAACUAAAAAUAAACAAAAGGCAAGUGCCGCUAAGAAAAGGCAUUGAAGGUUAGGAAAGGCUAUGCAGAACCAAACUAAUACUGAACUGGCUGCAAAGUAAACAAAAACAGAAUGCUGUACGACCGCAAAGACUUACAGCGUGUGGCGCAGCAGACGGCGUCCACAAAGUACAUCCGUACGUGACAUGACAAUCAACAACAAAAUAGGAAACACUACACAGAGGAAAACCCCAAAAAACUCAAAAUAAGUCACGGCGUGAUGUGACAGGUGGUGACAGUACACCUACUUUGAAAUGAGCUAUAGUGAUGCAUGCUUGGUUAUGGUUUGCAUUUAUAUCCAACAAUUACGAGAACUACUUUUUACUGUCAAUAUCGGCUGCUGAGUUUAAUUUUUUUAUGUUUUCCGCUAGUGGUGUGCCUCGGGAUUUUUCCAAUGAAAAAAAUGUGCCUUGGCUCGAAAAAGGUUGAAAAACACUGCCCUAACCCUUAUAUGUUCCCCUAGUGCCCAAAUAACUCUAAAUGAAGUGUGUGUUACUUAGAAUAUGUUCCCCAUACUAAUGCAUGUUAAUAAGCAACUAAUUAAUGGAGAAUAUGUUCCCCAUACUAAAGUGUUACCUUAUAAUGAUAUAUCCUUUAGAAGCAGCGUCCUCUGCAGUGGACAUUUGUUGGCUCUUUUAUCCGUAACUUUGACUAAAAUAAAUAAACCAGAAGACAGGGGUUCUCAGCAGGACAUUUUGUCUUUUUGGCAGUAUGGUCCUCUACAUCUGCUGAGGUCCUCUGAGCAGAAAGCGCCAACUAUUGAAAUGUUUCCACUUUAAUUUGUUUAGCCGGAAUUUACUUCAACGGCGUGCCUGUUAAAGCCUCGCCCCCCCAGCUGACAUUGUGUGGAAUUGUAUCGUUCAUCACUAAAGCAGACCCAUGGGCCCUCAAUUGUGUCGUAUGUUUGACUUUUUGGAGGAAAUCAUUCCACAUCAGAGCUUCACAGUGUUAGAGUUAUGUGUCAGGUGGUGAUGAAUGCAGUGGAGCGGAGCGAGCGAUCAGUAUUCAUCACAGCAGUCCAUGCCUGCUAGAUGAAUUGUACGGCGCACGCGUGUGAUCCAAUUUCCUGCCCACCCCUCUUGAUGGUAUUGAGACAAACCGGCUAAUAUUUGACGCCAAUUUACUUUUAUGGCUGUCUUGAGGGGGAACCUCAUGAUGCCUUGUCACAGGAAGUCGCCACUUUCCCAGCAGCCGUUUGCUGGUGUCACCGCGGGGACACAUUUCCCUGACAAGGCUUGUAAAUAGCAAAUGCUUUAAUUCUUGCCAACUAUAUUAAAAUAUAUUUUUCAAAUGUAUGUUGUUGCCGACUUUAUUAGAAAUGUGUGCAAGGUUUUCUGCUCCUCACUCACUCACUUUUUUUUGGUUUUAAUGUUAGGUGAAUUCCAACAGAAGGAAGACAAUAAGUCAACAGACUGAAGGCGAACACGUGCACACCUUUAUGGCCACUGGGUGGAGGUUAGACACAUUUCAUUGUUUCAAGGCUUCCUCUGUUCGUUAUCCUCUUUUUAAAGGUGAACACUCAUUCGUUUUAAAUAAUUAGAGCAGUUUUCAUUACCUGUAAUUGUGCACAUUUUUUUCGUCAAUUGACUUAAUUCAUCUACAACUACAACUCAACUCGUUUUUUAAUCUAACAUUGGUCAACUUGCAGGUGCAAUUUCUAUUUGAUUUGUCAAAAGUUUUCAACAUGGUUGACCAUUAUCUUCAUGUUGGACUUCUCUGGUAAAAC